CAGUUGUCCGGAGAGCGCAUGUUUUGGACUUAGCUCUACGUUGUCACAUGGUUAGUUUGUUACUAGUUUGUUUCAGUCCUCAAGGCAGUUUUACAGCAUAAGUUUACAUUCGCUUGUACGUAUGGUUAACCAGGUUGCUUUUCGGUAGUUCUACAUGUGGAUUCUAGUAUGUGCCUAGAAGCGUUUACCAGAUGAGCUGGUUCCAUAUCAAAAAAUGUGCAGUAACCUGUAUGACACUUUUCGUUACAGGUCAUAAUAUUCUUUAUCAGAACUAUUAACAACACAGUCGCUCAAGAGUGCACCAUGCUAAGAUAAUACCAGCAUAAUAAAUGAUAAAAGUUUGGAGUUAAAAGAGAGGGUGGCCAGGUAUCUGAUAAAUCCUGAAUAUCAUUUAGUCAUGAAAAGUGAUGUUGAUGACACGAGAACACCGUCAGUUAUUUUGCUGGAAUUUUUUGAAACUUUGCCAUUUAAAGAUCGCACUACCGUAUCUCUAGUUUUAACUCAAAUACGUAACAAUUUGGAUGAUGUAAUUCCAAAUACUAAUCCCAUCUCAUGGUUCGUCGGUAAAAUUAAACAGUUGCAGUUAGUAUUCAUGAAAAUUCCUCUAGUAUUACGAAAACAAAUGAAGACGCUGUUACUAGAAGGACUAGAAUCCUCGUUAGAGGUGUCAAACCCACUUCUGUGCAUUUUUACACUCUGUCUCUGCUUAUCAGAACUAAGUGCUUUUCGAAAUUGUGACCGUUCAGAUUUGGAAAGUGAAGAUAUUUGGACAACUUUACAAGUGUUAAAUUCAUCAGUAUUUCCAAAACUGCGUGGAAGAAUAAAAGAACAGAAAACAAAUCUUCCUUCAUUGCUUUCAUGGUCUUAUUGUAUGUUAGCAUUCACUUACCACUCUUGUGUAGAAUGGAUACAACAACAGUUUUGCAAACCGUCAUCUUCUUUUUGUGUCCGUACUUCUGUGGCAUUUGAUUCGACCGUUUUAGAUCAUCCGACUGUACCAAUUUUAAUGCGUCAUAUUCUUCAAGCACAAAUAAAGAAUGAACCGUAUAUCAUACCACAGGCACCACAUACACUUUUAGAUCUUUUAUUUUCCAGUGCUAUAUCCAGCAAUGCUGGCAUUUUGAAGUCAUGCAAAGUUAGAAAACCACAUGAUCCAGCUGAAUGUUUUAUUGAAUAUGACGAACCUCCCGUACAACUCAUCAAAGAUGACAAGAAAUCAAAUUGUAUCCUAAAAAGAAAACUUGCAUUACCUACAUCUUUUCAGCAUACUUUGCAAACAGAUUCAUUCGAGGACAUCCUUUCUGACCUUAGUUUGUUGAAACAACUACUCGGAAAUGCCAGCCAACAAAAAUGGCUCCUUGAAAAUCUCAUUUUUACUUUAAGACAGACACCCUUCAUAUUAAAACGCUUACGAUGCUGUGUGACAAAUAACUCAAAGUCAAAUGACAAAAAUAUCCACUUAUAUGAACAGAUUUACUGCUUGUUAUUACAACUGUGGUUUCGUGCUGCUGUAGACCGCGUAUUGCUCAAGAAUUUCCCUCAGUCUUAUGUAUGGUUAUGUGGCUUCACUCGCCCAUUGUAUGAGGUGAUGAGUAUCAAAGGAUUUUCAGAAGUUAUUUUAUGGACUGGACGUUUUCUGGCGGCAUAUGAAAAUCUGUUUAGGUCAUCAAUCCUUAAUUCACCUCACUGGUACCUACAGAUGAUUACAGAUGCGGUGGUCGCCAUAAUAGAUAAGUCCGAAAAAGGUAAUCAGGAAAGUAUUUCAGUCGAUGAACUCGAUGAAAUACUGUGUACCUGUAUGGCUGCGAUUAUCAGACCCCUUCACGCUCUCCGAAUAGAAGAUCAUGAAACGCAUCCUGAAAUAUCACGUGUGAUCAAAGUUCCUCUAGAAUCUGUUGUUUCAUACAUUUCAUGUCGUUCAGUCAAAAAAGAAGAUUCAGCUACACAAAAGAAAAACAAGAAGGCGAAAUCUACAGAAACUGCAAGCACGCCAGCUAUAAGUCCUAGAUUACGAGAUUUGAUUGUUCAUCAUUUAAUACUUCCAAUGAUCAGAGUCUGUGACAAAUGGGCACUUGGACAGGCGAAGAUAGGAAUAAAACCACAUUGUGCGAAAGCUCUGCUCAACCAACUAGUUAGCGAAGCUGAAGCCCACUAUGCUAACUCUGAAGGCCCUAAUAUUGCACAAAAGUUAGACAUUGUCAAGCCACCUGCCAUAGGCGGUUUACAUGUGACUGAAAAACUGUCUCUGAAACGUAAACGAUAAAACAAUUCUAAUAUGUACAGUUGUAUAUUAUGUAAACAUCUUAUAAAUUUUGAUGAGUUAA